AAUACCCAAGUCCCCGUGCAACACCUCUUCCCACCUUUCGUCUCCGGUGUUUUCAAGAACGACACAGUGGUAGACAAGACUAUCAUUCCCAUGCCGCCAACUAUGGAUAUUAGCGUCAUCAUUGUAGGAGGAGGGCCGGUUGGACUGACAGCAGCCCACGCAUUCUCCAAGCUCGGGAUCGACUUCGCCCUUCUCGAGCGCCGCGACAUUAUCGCCGAAGAUGUCGGCGCCAGCAUCGUUCUAUGGCCGCACGGAAUACGCAUCAUGGCUCAACUCGGCUUGCUGGACCAGCUGUUGUCCAUUGGUACAGAAUUAAUGUCGGGUACAUUUCAAACCGUAAAUGGCAAAGCCUUUCUUCGGACAAGCUCUCCCCAACUGUGCAAGACCAAAAUCCACACCUCCAAAACCGUCACAUCCAUCUCUUCUGUUCCUGGCGGCGGCAUCAAAGUCCUCUGCUUAGAUGGCACCUCCUACACGGGAAGCUUCACCCUCGGCGCCGACGGAAUCCACAGCGUAUCCACUCCAAAAAACCUCUGCCUCCAAGUCCUCGCAAACGAGAAAUCCAACGUCCAAUUCUGCUUUCUCUACCAGCUCCUCCUCCCUGAUAACUCACCCUCCAAGAAAUUUACCCAGUCCGAUAUCGAAGCCAUCAUCUCCCGCCCUGAUGUAUCUUCCCGCCCGCUGGGGGGGUCCGGCCUAACAGUCAAGGACGCCUGGCGGUUAAAGUCAAAAUGCGGCAUCACACCGCUAGAAGAAGGCAUCCUCAAGCCUGAGUGGCAUUUCGGAAACCAGAUGGUUCUCGUCGGGGACGCGGCGCACAAAGUCACGCCGACGAUUGGGCAGGGGCUGAACAUGGGCUUGUUGGAUGUGGUUUCGCUCGCAAAUCAAGUGUCCGAGUUCGUGGGCUCUGCCGGGUCCAGCCGGGAGAAAGUUUUGGGGGGUUUGGAUGGGGCGUUUAGACGGUACCGAGCCGAGAGGCUUGAGAGCGUGGAGAAAGAUUACAAGAGGUCCGGGGUGGUGACGAGGCUGACCUGCUGGCGGGAGUGGCGGUUUAAACUGUUCGACAGGGUGGUGAUGCCGAUUCCGGGGGUCGAUGUCCUGCUUGUGAACAAGGUUAACUCGCCCAUCAUGGCGAGGGGCCUUGUGUUUAGGGGGAUAAGAGUGGAGAGGGAACCAUUUGAGGGGAGGGUCAAAUGGAAGGAAAAGAUGCCGCUUCUAGACAAAACAGCGCAUGAUGAGGAGAGAAAAGAGAGUGGGGGUUGA